CACAAUUUCCAUGUGAUUACUCAAAAUAACCCAACCAGGUUUAAUCGCAGCCGUCGAUCGGCGAUGGAGAAUUCCGACGUGCUCAGCUCGUCGACGGCGUGGAACGAUUUCCUCGAGCGCCAUCGAAAGGAUCGUUUUUUAACAACACUCCAGAUGCGGAAAGGGACUGUGUAGCUGUGCUGGAUUUCCUUGGCAAUAUGGAAGCAGCCUCAUUCCCUUUGGGCUUGAUCUUCAGAGGAGAUGGACAAUAAAAAUGCACUCGUUUCCUUCAAAAACUCCAUCACUUCCGACCCUUAUGCUAUUUUGAGCCACAAUUGGUCCCAAAAUACAUCAGUUUGUAAUUGGAUUGGUGUGUCGUGCGGCCUCAAACACAGCCGUGUCACUGCUCUCAAUCUCUCUCGAUACGAUUUUGCUGGAUUUGUUGCUCCACACCUCGGAAACCUAACGUUUCUCAGAUAUUUGGACAUCAGUUCCAAUAGUUUCACGGGGAUCUUACCCUUUGAGCUCUCUAAACUGCGUCGUUUGAAGGUGAUGAAUAUGGGAAUGAAUUCAUUCACUGGAGGAAUACCAACAUGGUUGGGCAGUUUACCUCAACUGAAAAAACUCUAUUUGUACAACAACAAUUUCUUAGGUACAAUUCCUGCGACUUUGUUUAACAAUUCCAAGCUCCAGAUGUUACAAAUAAUAAACUUGAACUAUAACCAGUUGAGUGGGUCCAUACCACAUGUCAUUUUUAAUGUGUCUUCCCUUAGAGAAAUUAGUAUUAGAAAUAAUAGUCUAUCAGGUUGGCUACCUAGUGAUAUGUGCGAUACUCUUCCAAAUAUCAAAGCACUUGACAUUUUGGCCAACCAACUUUCUGGAGAAAUUCCACCGAACAUAUGGAAAUGUAGAGAGCUUGUGCUGCUGGAAUUAUCCAUCAAUCAUUUCAAUGGAAAAAUCCCAAGUGAAAUUGGAAGUUUGAGUGUGCUUAGAGAGUUGUGGCUCGGCUACAACGAUUUCAGAGGAAAAAUCCCUGAAGAAAUAGGAAAUCUUUCACAGUUAGAGGUGUUAAGCAUCUCAUCCUCCUCUCUGACUGAAAAUAUUCCAUCUUCAGUGUUCAACAUAUCUUCCUUGAAAUACAUGGACCUCUCUAACAACAGUUUGUCUGGAAAUAUCCCAACUUUUCACAUUCUACCUAAGUUGGAGGAAUUAUAUCUGCUUCAUAACAACUUACAAGAUUGGCUCCCAAGUGAUAUAUGCAUCAACAUGCCCAACAUCAAAAUACUUUUUCUCAGCGGAAAUCAACUUGAAGGCCAGAUUCCACCAAAUAUAUGGAAAUGCACACAUCUUGAAAGGUUGGCACUAUCCUUCAACAAUUUUAGUGGCAACUUCCCAUUUGAAAUCGGAAAAUUAAGCAUGCUUAGGGAGUUGUAUAUGGGCUUCAACGAUUUUCGAGGAAUCAUCCCUGAAGAAAUAGGGAAUCUUUCACGGUUAGAGAGGUUAAGUAUCCCAGCCUCUUCUCUGACCGGAAACAUUCCAUCUUCAGUGUUCAGCAUAUCAUCGUUGAAAAUCCUGGACCUAUCUAAUAACAGUCUGUCUGGAAAUAUGCCAACUUCUCUCAAUCUGCCUAUGUUAGAGGGGUUAUAUCUUUAUAAUAACAACUUACAAGAUUUGUUCCCAAGGGAUAUAUGUAGCAAUAUGCCCAACAUCAAGAUACUUUAUCUCUACGGGAAUCAACUUGAAGGCCAGAUUCCGCCAAAUAUAUGGAAAUGCACACAUCUUGAGGUCUUGGCAUUAUCAGGCAACCAUUUCAGUGGUAACAUCCCAUUUGAAAUCGGAAAAUUGAGCAUGCUUAGGGAGUUGUAUUUGGGCUUCAACGAUUUUCAAGGAAUCAUCCCUGCAGAAAUAGGGAAUCUUUCACGGUUAGAGAAGUUAAGUAUCCCAGACUCCACUCUGACAGGAAUAUUUCCAUCUUCAGUGUUGAACAUAUCUUCAUUGAAAUCCAUGGGCUUCUCUAACAACAGUUUGUCUGGAAAUAUCCCAAGUGAUAUGUGUGAUAGUAUCCCAAAUAUCGAAGCACUUGAUCUUUCGGGCAACCAACUUUCUGGUGAAAUUCCACCAAACAUAUGGGAAUGCAGACACCUUCAGCAGCUGGCAUUAUCUGUUAAUCAUUUCAAUGGAAAAAUCCCAAGUGAAAUUGGACGUUUGAGUAUGCUUAGAGAGUUGUACCUGGGCGUUAAUGAUUUCAGAGGAAUAAUCCCUGAAGAAAUAGGGAAUCUUUCACAGUUAGAGAGGUUAAGUAUCCCAGCCUCCUCUCUGACCGGAAACAUUCCAUCUUCAGUGUUCAACAUAUCGUCGUUGAAAUUCCUGGACCUAUCUAAUAACAGUCUGUCUGGAAAUAUGCCAACUUCUCUCAAUCUGCCUAUGUUAGAGGGGUUAUAUCUUUUUAAUAACAACUUACAAGAUUUGUUCCCAAGUGAUAUAUGCAGCAAUAUGCCCAACAUCAAGAUACUUUCUCUCUACGGGAAUCAACUUGAAGGCCAGAUUCCGCCGAAUAUAUGGAAAUGCACACUUCUUGAGUACUUGGCAUUAUCAGGAAACCAUUUCAAUGGUAACAUCCCAUUUGAAAUCGGAAAAUUGAGCAAUCUUAGGGAGUUGUAUAUGGGCUUGAAUGAUUUUCAAGGAAUAAUCCCUGAAGAAAUAGGGAAUCUUUCACAGUUAGAGAAGUUAAGUAUCCAAGACUCCUCUCUGACCGGAGGAAUUCCAGCAGAAAUUGGGAAGCUUACACAACUAGAGGUAUUGGACCUUAUAAAUACCUCUCUAACUGGAAAUAUCCCAGCUUCCGUUUUCAACAUUUCUUCUUUGACAGAACUGGAACUGAGCUACAACAGCUUAUCUGGUACUCUUCCUUCCAAUAUGGGGACCUCACUUCCCAAUCUCGAAUUUCUUUAUUUGGCUCACAACAAACUCGAUGGUCCAAUUCCAAGCUCUAUCAACAAUGCUUCCAAACUUACCAGGUUGGACAUGGGAAACAACUUCUUCACUGGCUUUAUUCCAGACUUUGGAAAUUUGAAACACCUACAAGGUAUAUUUCUCGGGGGAAAUCAUUUGAGUGGAGCUCAAGAGACAUUUCUCUCUUCGUUAACUAAUUGUCGAGAUUUGAAGUACUUGGAAACAUUAGAAAAUUCACUGAAUGGUAUCCUACCUGCUUCAAUUGGUAAUUUAUCCUCUUCUCUUCAAGAAUUGUCGGUAGGAAACAACAACAUCUUUGGUGUCAUUCCUUCUCAAGUUGGAAAUUUAAGUAGUUUGCUGUCUUUAAAUCUUGGAGGGAAUCAAUUGCGUGGACCCAUUCCACCAUCAAUUGGGAAUUUGAAGAAGCUCCAAAGAAUGUAUCUUUUUGGUAAUAAGUUGGGAGGGUCUAUCCCUGAUGACAUUUGUCAAAUGAAUAAUUUGGGGGACUUGUACCUUAAUCAAAACUUGUUUAUUGGUUCAAUACCAGAAUGUUUGGGUGAAGUCAAAUCCUUGAGAGUGAUCUACUUAGGCUACAACCAGUUGAAUUCCACCAUCCCUUCCAACUUUUGGAAUCUUACAGACCUCUUGGCUUUUAGCUUGACCUCAAAUUAUUUGAGCGGUCAAUUGUCAUCUCAACUUGGACAUUUAAAGUCAAUUGACAAUCUAGACUUAUCUUUUAAUCAAUUUUCAGGUGUUAUCCCUAUCUCAAUUGAUGGUUGCCAGUCAUUGGAAUAUCUCUCCUUAUCAAAAAAUUUGUUAGUGGGAUCUAUUCCCCAAUCCUUGGGAAAUGUUAGAAAUUUGAUAACAUUGGAUUUGUCUUACAAUAACCUUUCCGGAUCUAUACCCAAGUCAUUAGAAGACCUUCAUUUUCUUCAGUAUUUCAAUGUUUCCAACAACAAAUUGGUUGGGGAAAUUCCAGACAAGGGCUUUUUUGGUAACUUGAAUGAUAAGUCUUUUUCCAACAACCUUGCCCUUUGUGGUCCAAUAAGAUUUAAAGUUCCACUCUGCACAGAAAAUCAUCAUAGAUCAAGAAGCUUGAUGAAAUUUAUAGUACCUUCAGUGCUAUUAGCUGUGACUGUGGUGAUUGUCAUCCUCGUGUUUAUAAAGAAAUUUAAACCGAAGAAAUCACCAAUGCCCAGUGACAUUGCGCCGAUGACUGGAUAUAGAAGAGUUUCUUACAUAGAGCUAGAGCAUGGAACAAGUUGUUUUAGUGAGAGCAACCUUCUUGGAAGAGGAAGUUUUGGUUUGGUAUUUGAAGCAACGCUUUCUGAUGGGUUGAAAGUUGCAGUAAAAGUUUUCAACUUGCAAUUACAAGGUGCUGAAAGGAGCUUUGAUACUGAAACUGAGAUACUUGGGAGCAUUCGACACAGAAACAUAGUUCGAGUUAUUGGAUGUUGCAGUAGCCCAGACUUUAGAGCUCUGGUUCUCACAUACAUGCCAAAUGGGAGCUUGGAUAAAUGGUUAUAUUCCAAUGUGCAUUGUCUAGGUCUUAUACAGAGACUGAAGAUAGCAAUUGACGUUGCGGCAGCCUUGGAAUAUCUUCACCAUGGUCAUACAUUCCCAGUUGUCCAUCGUGAUGUAAAGCCAAGCAAUGUUUUGCUCGAUCAAGACAUGGUCGCUCAUCUUGGUGAUUUUGGCAUUGGGAAGCUUUUUGAUGAUGGAGAAGUUGUCGUCCAAACACGAACAUUGGCAACCAUCGGUUAUGCAGCACCAGAGUUGGGAAUGGAAGGGAAAGUGUCCACACAUGGAGAUGUGUACAGUUUCGGGAUAAUGUUGCUCGAGAUGUUUACAGGGAAGAAGCCAACAGAUGGUAUGUUUGAUGGGGAAAUGAGGUUGAAAGAGUGGGUAAGUGAAGCACUGCAAGAAAAAUCAGUUCCUCUUGCACCCACUUUGCUAUCUAGUGAAGAUCAACUUUUCUGUGCAAAGGAGCAAUGUGUGUUGUUAAUUUUUGAGCUAGCUAUGAAAUGUUUAGCCACUGCACCUCGUGAAAGAAUAAACAUGAUUGAAGCAGUGACUACUCUCCAGAGGAUCUUUGCAACAAUGGUAACAAAGAGGCAUAGUCCACCAUAUGUUUUUUCUAUUAGUAUUCACAAUAAUGGGUUAUGAUGCUUGUAACAUAGUGUGUGCACUCUUAAUUUGUCUAUAGCGAACUCAUAUUGUGUAAAGACUACGUAGAGAAGUUUAGGUUGGAUACUGUUAUUGUACAGUGAAUUGCAGAGCUUAUUAGUGGUUUGAGUGAGGAGUUGCAAUCCUUUGUUGGGAUGUGCAAACCUCUACUGCACUAUAUAUUUGUACAGUUUUCAA